GGACUAAGCCUGCACCUGCGGCAGCAAUGCCGGACCCUGCCCAGGCACCCAAUACAGCGCAGCAGAAUCAGCUGGGCACCCUCAGACAAGACAGCUGGACAGGGCACAAAACACAGUGCAUCCAGGGCCUGACCUCCCUGGGCACACCCAAGCACCACAGCCUGACAGGCCACACAUCCUGGCAUAGCAAAGCUCUGACUCACUGGGGCAUUCCCCUGAACACUGCACAGGCCUGA